AUUUAAAGUGAUCAUAUGACUUAUCAAUAUCGCCUUCGUUUGUAGUAUUCACACUGUCGAUAAUAGUAAUUAUAAAUAUCUGCAUUGAAGAUUAGAUCGUCGAUAUGGAAUAUUUAGCAACAAUCUAACAAAAGUGAUAAUUCCGUAAUAACUAAUCUUAUAAUUUUGACAUGGCAGAAAAUUCGCCUGAAUUUUGUGACAUUUGUCAACGCUUGGACAUUUCAAAGCCAGCAGAUGCAUUUUGUCCCAAAUGUGAGGAUUUUCUUUGUGUGGGUUGUCAGAAUCAUCAUAAGGUAGCAAAAUUAUCAAACACACAUGAGACGACAUCCAUUAUUGAAUACAAAAAAUUGCCUACAUUUAUAAAGAAUAUCAGCAUUAAAUGUGAGGAUCAUGAAAACAUUCUUGAAUUUUUUUGCAAAAAACACGACAAUCUCUGUUGCAAACAAUGCUUGAUAUCAAGUCACAGGGACUGCAAAGAGAUAACACUUAUUGACGAUCUUCUAUCAAUGCCUACAUUCCACAAAUCAUCACCGUUAGAUGAUAUUGAUCAAAUACUUCAAUAUACUGGUGAAAACAUUCACACCGCUAUAAAAGACAGAAAAAGAAAUCUUACCGAAAUACGACAACAGAAAGAAAUUUUGUUAAAAGAGGUAAACAAGAAAAGACAAGAAAUGAACGACUUGCUGGACCAUUUGGAAAAAACAUUACUUCAGAAAUUGUCGGAAGUAGAACAGGAAAGUCACAAACAAAUGGAGGUUGUUAUUAAAGACCUGAAAGAACGUAGAAGCAAAAUCAUUCAACUUCAAAGCGAUCUUGCACUUAUCAAAGAAAGCGCAUCCAGCCUACAGAUUUUCAUGGGAAUAAGAGAACUAAAAGAAUCUGCCUCGUCUGAAGAGAAGCACAUCAAAUCAUUACAUUGUAGUGGCAGUUUAAACAACAUCACUAUAGAAUGUAUAUUUGAUGAUCAACUCAAACCCCUUAUCGAGAAUACUAGGAAUCUUGGAAAGGUAGAGGUGAAAAACGCCGAAACUCAAAUAUCCUUUUCCUGGGCUGGUGAUAAAUCGGCACAACUGUAUACUCCGUCUCAAAUAGCACAACCAUUAGCAAAACCAAUAAAAGAUAUUCAGGCCAAACUUGUGCACAGUUUUAAAACAUGUACUAGAAUCACUGGUUGUGCUAUGUUACCGACUGGGAAAAUAUUAUUAUCAGAUUACAACCACGGCAUAUUAAAAUAUGACAGAAAUGGAGUCUUCGAGUCUAAGAUAGCUAUCGAAUCUUCUAGUGCAUUUAGUCUUGCGGUUGUGGACGACACAACGGUUGUUAUAUCAGGUGGGGCACAUAACAAAUGCUUGUUUCUUGUUGAUAUCAAAAGUGGUAACAUAAUCAAGAAGGUUGACGUGCAGAAUUGGUGUUACGGUGUUAGUUUCCAAGAUGAAUCGUACAUAGUCAAUACACAUUGGAAAGGAAUUAAAAUAGUUGGUACUUCACAAGAGAUUGUAGCGAAUAAAAAACGUUUUUCAAACGCAACAGGGAAGGAUUCUUACGUUGCCUCAUGCAAAACUUGUAUCGUUCAUUCUGACUUCCAUUAUGAUACCAUUACAUGUUUUAACUUCAAGGGUGAAUUACUAUGGACAUACAAAGCCUCUACCCUAAGAAAACCAUGUGGUAUCACCUUCGAUUCUGAUUCCAAUAUCUAUGUUGCCGGUUCUGCAUCAAACAAUAUAGUGAUGAUAUCGCCAGACGGGAUGAAUGCUAAGCAGCUUUUAGAUUCUAGCCAUGGAAUAUUAGAUCCCCGUGCCAUUUAUUUUGAUAAAAAAGAUAACGUUUUGUUAGUGGCAAAUCAUCAAGAAUCUGCCUUUGUAUACAUUGUUUUGUAAUUAUUUUUAACAAUCUUAAAAUUAAACAAUUUCAAAUUCAUUCUUUUGUAAUUUAAAUGUUAUAAUUGCUAAAAGCACCAUUUUAAAUACUUUUGUAUAGUAAAUGGAAAAAAGACUAGUCAUGAAUGAAUAUUUGAUAAUUUCAGACUGCCAGCGACGACAACUUUAGAAUUAGAGAUAUCCGUGUGCUGACUUUGCUGUUCUUUAUUGGGUUACGUUUUUGUGUAUUUUUGUUUUUGGAUUUGCAAAUGCUCAAUGACUUAUCAAUUUAUUAUUUCUGUGUAAUUAUGACAACAUUGAAUAGAUUGGUUAUAUGUGUUCAUUAGGACUGCAUGUAUCUGUACAUAUAUAUUGUAACAGCCAUAGGUGAACUUCUUAUUACAUUUUGAAUAUUAUAUUUUACAGAAUUUGUGGCUUAUAUAAAUUAACACUGAUUCUAUUGCACAUUUGAUUAAUACAUUUUUGUAUAUUCCGAGACAGUACAAAUAUGUAGUAUCAAAUUUUCAAGCUUGUCAAAUUUCCAUAAUAUAGUCGACUAGUUUCAAAUAGAAGGACAAGCGAAUG